CUGCACAAAUUAGUGCUGACAAACACUGAACACUACAGUACAUAUGGAGGAGUUUACAUUUGGAAUUCAUUCACAAGUGGUAUAAAAACAAGUGAGUCUCACUUCUCAUCAGCAGAACGACAUACCACAUUACAGCUCUCCUGGUAUACACAACACAAUGGGAAAGAUAAUAUUCUAUGAGGACCGUAACUUCCAGGGUCGACACUAUGAGUGCUACAGUGACUGUGCCGAACUGCAGUCUUACUUCAGUCGCUGUAACUCCAUCCGAGUCGAAAGUGGCUGCUGGAUGAUCUAUGAGCGUUCCAAUUACACAGGGUACCAGUACUUCCUGAGCAGGGGUGAAUACCCUGAUUACCAGCGCUGGAUGGGUUUUAACGACACAGUCAGGUCCUGCCGCAUGAUUCCUGCAUACAGGGGAUCAUAUCGACUGAAGGUGUAUGAGAGGCCUGAAUUUGGAGGCCAGAUGAUGGAAUUCACCGAUGACUGCCCAUCUGUUCAUGAGCGAUUCCGUUAUCAGGACAUCCACUCCUGCAAUGUGUCUGAAGGUUACUGGCUUUUCUAUGAGCAUCCCAACUACAGAGGAAGACAGUACUUCUUAAGGCCUGGCGAGUACAGAAGGUACACCGACUGGGGUGCCAUGACUUCCCGAAUUGGCUCCUUCAGAUGCAUCAGAGAUUGUUAUUAAAAUACCAAAAAUGUAAUU